AGAAAGGAUAGGAAAGUACUUUGAAAUCUCCACUCACUACUCACUACUCACUACUCACUACUCACUACUCUCACCUGUAUAGAAUACAAUACAAUAUAAUCAAUCACAAGGACUUUCGGAGGGAAACACAAAGAAGAAAAAACCCCAAAAUGUUUGCCGAAGAAAAUGGUCUUAAGGGUGACCCUAGGUUGCAACGCAUCUAUCAAGCCAUCAACGUCGUCCCUCACUUCCCCAAAAAUGGAAUAAUGUUUCAAGACAUAACGACAUUGUUGUUAGAUCACAACGCGUUUAAAGAUACUGUCGACAUUUUUGUCGAUCGUUACAGAGACAUGCACAUUUCUGUUGUUGCUGGAAUUGAAGCACGGGGAUUCCUGUUUGGUCCCUCAGUUGCGUUGGGCAUUGGUGCAAAGUUUGUUCCUUUACGUAAACCUCACAAGCUACCUGGCGAAGUAUUUUCCGAAAAAUAUUCUCUAGAAUAUGGAACUGAUUGUUUGGAGCUGCAUGUUGGCGCUAUCCAGCCCGGUGAACGUGCUAUAGUUAUUGAUGACUUGGUGGCAACUGGUGGAACUUUGUCAGCAGGGAUAAGACUUUUAGAAUGUGCUGGUGCUGAAGUAGUGGAAUGUGCUUGUGUGAUUGGUGUCCCCGAGGUCAAGGGACGGUGCACACUUAUUGGAAAGCCGCUUUAUGUCCUUGUGGAGCCGCGCCAAUUAGACCAAUGUUUUUGAGAUGCCAAAUGCAAAAGUAUGCUUCAUCUUGCAAACACAGGCCAUAAUGUGAUCCUAACUUUUUGCCUGUGGGAGUGUCGUGUCCUGACAAAAAGAUCAUCCUAGAAAUUAUCAUCUUUGUAUCUUUAUCUUUUGUACAUGUUAGGAUAUCAUGUAUGGUUAACAAUUUCGAACAAACAUCAAGGGAUUAAUUUUUCUGGCAUUUCAUUAAUAAAAUGUCAAUUUAAGGCCUUAUUUGUCUACU